AAAUCCGCUUUAUUUCGCCUCCGCUCCGCUCCCGCCUCGCCGUCCCCGGGGCCGCGCCGUGCCCGCGGGGGCCGGGCCGUGCCAGGGGGCGGCUCCAGCCCGGUACCGGCGCGGGGGGAGCGCGGCGCCCGCCCCGCCGGAGCCUGCGCGGGGCCGCGGCCGCGGCAGCUCGGCGAUGCCGCCUCCUCCGGAGCCCAUGCCCGGCUACGGGGAGCUGCUCCGCCGCGGCUACGGCAGCCUGGCGGCGGCGGCGCGGAGCUGCGGGGACUGCGGCUGGGAGCUGGCGCUGCGCACCUGGGCCGAGAACGCGCACCUGCGCUGGGCCGAGGUGCUGCUCUGCGGGCUCUGCGCGCUGGGCUGGACCGCGCUGCGCCGCGCCUGCUGCCGCCGCCUCUUUCGGCCCUUCGGGGAGUGGUGCAAGCUGCAGCCCAGAGAUGCUGCCAAGAUGCCCGAGAGUGCCUGGAAGUUGCUUUUCUACUCCCUGUCGUGGUCCUACGGCGCCUACCUGCUCUUCUGCACCGAGUACCCCUUCUUCCACGACCCCCCCUCCGUCUUCUACGGCUGGCACCGGGGCAUGGAGGUGCCCGGGGACAUCGCGGUGGCGUACCUGCUGCAGGGCAGCUUCUACGGGCACUCGCUCUACGCCACGGCCUACAUGGACACGUGGCGCAAGGACUCGCUGGUGAUGCUGCUGCACCACGUGGUCACCCUGACGCUGCUGGCCUCCUCCUACGCCUUCAGGUACCACAACGUGGGGGUGCUGGUGCUGUUCCUGCACGACGUCAACGACGUGCAGCUGGAGUUCACCAAGCUCAACGUGUACUUCAAGCACCGCGGCGGCGCCUACCACCGCCUCAACGACGUCGCCUCCAGCCUCGGCUGCCUGGCCUUCAGCGUCAGCUGGUUCUGGUUCCGUCUCUACUGGUUCCCGCUCAAGGUGCUCUACGCCACCUGCCACUCCAGCCUGCAGUCCGUGCCCAACAUCCCCUUCUACUUCUUCUUCAACGCGCUGCUGCUCGUGCUCACGCUGAUGAACAUCUACUGGUUCCUGUACAUCGUGCUGUUCGUGGCCAAGGUGCUGCUGGGGCAGAUGCAGGAGGUGAACGAUGUCCGUGAGUACGACGUGGAGGAGAGCAGGAGAGCCGGGAAGGAGGCUGGGAUCCAACUGCCCCCGGCUCUGAAGGAAGGGCUGCGCCUCCGGAACGGCCUCGUCAAGGACAAGAGGUUGUGAGGGCGGCGUGGCCACGGCUGCCAGGAGCUGGCGCUGCCCGGGACCCUGCUCUGGGACCCUGCCGAGGACAGGCCCGAGGAGAACAUCCCCCCCCGACCCCUGCCAGCCCUGCCCGGAGCCGGGGAGGACACGCCGCUGCCAGGACAGGGCCCCGGGCUGGGCUGUCCCUGUCCCCUGUCCCUGGGGGCUCCCCGUGGCCCCGUUGGGCUGGACACCGGAGGCUGUGCCGGCCCGGGUGGCAGCUGGGGCUGGCUUUGUGUCCCUGGUGUUGCUCCGCGUCCUCAGCCCCGCUGUGACCCCCCCGGACCCUCCCUCUGAGCCCCCCCAGCUGCUCCUGCAGGCUCCAGCCCCCGCCUGGGCAGGGCAGCUCUGGGAAGGGCACCCCGAGGCCAGCUGUGCUCCAGCUGUGCUCCAGCUGCCGCCCAGGGGCUGCAGAGGUGACCCUGGAGGAGUCACUGCCAUCUGCAGCUGCCACUGCCUGGAAAUCACCUCAGGAGGAGGCCCAGGAGGUUCAGUUUCCCUGGAAAAAUCCUGUGGAGGUCUUGGAGUGGCUCAAAAAGGGUCCUGCGGGUCCCUGCUGGGGGCUUCCCCCCAGGGCUGUGCCCUGCCUGAAGGAAAAUCAGGGAAUUCCUGCU